CAAAUUUAUCAGCACCGCCAAAUCUUCGAUAGAAGAUUCUCCCCAUUGCCUCGACUUGCCGAUUCAUAACCGCGACACAUUCGAUUUGACCAGUCUACCGCGACCCCUCCGUUCAUCUGCCUUCAGCUGGCGCACCUGUAACCACAACGCGAUCUAUUGCUGUAUACCGCGAAGACGGCCCACCAUGUGCAAACACAUUCUCAACGCGCAAGUCGCAAUCAGGUCACCCUGCUGCAAGAAAUGGUUCGAUUGCGCCGAGUGUCACCAUGAGCAGGAAAAGCACCCCCUGCUCCAGAGCCUUGAAAUGGUCUUUGCUUGCAAGAAGUGCAAGAAGUGCUUCCGCAAAGACGCCCAGGAAUUCGAAGACGCCGAUGAAUACUGCCCGCACUGCGACAACCACUUCGUCAUUGAAGCAAAGACGCCCAAGGCAGCCAUCUCCGUUGAGGGCGAGGACGCGCGCAAGGACAGCCGCAUGAUCAAGGACGAGCGUGUCCGCCAAAUCGCCGGACGCUCAAUAUUCGACCCAACAGACGAUGCGGACAAGCUGGGCUAA